AUGUCGAAUAACGACUCUGCUCUCGCUCAACAUCAGCCUGCCGUGCGCGUCGGCGGCCGCCGCCUGUCUAUGCCUAACCGUCCCAAACCGAAUAUGCAUCGCUUCACACCCUCACCCCAACGUGAUGCCACCGACGACGCAGUCGAAGACAAUGACUACCCUCGCCCGCACGCGCCGGGCGAAGGCCAACAUGAUCACGAGCACGGCGGAUACGAAGACGCCGAGAAGCACGAACGGCGACGUGCUCCCGAUAUGCGCCAGACCCUGUCCCACAAGGCAGACGUCAACGCGCCCAAGCUCGCCUACUCUGCCAGUGGCAAGCCCCAAGGCCGCAUCUCGCAGCCGCAGGGCAAGGUUCUCGGAUGA